GGAGUAGUGUCGCUGACCUGAUCUUACCCUUGGGCAAAACGGCGUUUACUUAUCAACAGCGUGGACACAAUAGAUAGAGAGAGACGAGCGUUGACAUGAAAACGAGCUACUUUAAAAAAGGGGGGAGAAUUUUGUCAUUAAACACACACCCUAUGCUUCAGAUUUUCGAUUACUUCGAGUAGUAACGUCAGUUUGGGGGUUGUUCGUAAUUCAGAAACGGUAAUAUACACGGACUGGGGACUCAUAUCAACACUGGAACGGAUCAUAACAGAUCACAGAGAAGCACAUUUUCAUAUGAGAUGACGGCAGACUCUUUUGGCUGUUUGAAGUGGUGUCCUUGUGGGCUACUCAGUGCUGAAAGGACAAGCGCAGAACCCGACAGCGACAGAUAGACCAGUCUUUGGAAUUAGCUCAUCUGUUGUGCUCAGUGGCAUCCUGGUUUUCCAACAGGAUGGUGCAUUCAGCGUCACUUUGUGCCUGUCUGUCUCUUCUGACUGUCCUCAGCUGUCAUUCUCAUGUCCUCCCCCGCCUCUCUUUUCCCAUGGGUAGUCCAGGUCGUUCUCUCACUGUCUUAACAAACCCUGAUGUUUAUAACACCACCACACUGUUGCUUAGCGAUGAUGAGGGCACUUUAUUCGUCGGAGCACGUGAUGCCAUUCUCUCAAUUGAUGUCAGUCAGACUGACACAAUGGCCAUGAAGAAGCUGGACUGGUCUCCCUCAGAAAAAGAACUUGCUGACUGUUCCAUGAAAGGAAAAAUGAAGAUGGAUUGUCAUAACUUUGUGAGGGUUUUGCAAGAAUUGAACUCCACCCAUAUGUACGCCUGUGGAACGUUUGCCUUCAGUCCCCGCUGCACGUACAUCAAUUCAAAGUCAUUGGCCAUGGCUACAGGCCCCAGCGGUAAGCCUGAAGAAGGCAAAGGUCGCUGCCCUUACGACCCCUACCAGAAGAACACUGCCAUAACUGUGGAUGGAGAACUGUACACAGGAACAGUGGCAGACUACAGGGGAACUCGACCUGUCAUUUCACGCCACUUGAGCGAGGGCAGCCAUGUUGAUCUGAAACUGGAUGAUACGCUUGGCUGGUUAGAAGAUCCUACUUUCAUCAGCUCCAUGUAUGCUCCCAGUGAGGAAAAGGUUUAUUUCUUCUUUAGUGAGAUUGGAAAAGAGUACGACUUCAUUGACAAGUUUACAGUGUCUCGUGUUGCCCAAGUUUGUACAAGUGAUGUAGGUGGGCAGCGUACUCUUCAGAAACGCUGGACUACCUUUGCCAAGGCUCAGCUACUAUGUCAAGCUGACCGAGAGCUGCCAUACAACGUCCUACAGGACAUUGUCAGCCUUCAACCACUGGAGGGCGCAUCUGAGGACGAAACUCUGUUCUAUGGGAUUUUCAGUUCUCAGUGGCAAGUAAACUUGGGACGUUCAGCUGUGUGUGCUUUCAGCCUCAAAGAUAUUAAAAAGGUGUUUACAGGACGUUACAAGGUUCUGAAUCGGGACACUUUGAAAUGGAGCACACGGGUACAGGAGCAAAUGGCAAACCCUGGAGAGUGUGGCCUUCAUAAUGCAUCGGACAACGCUCUGCGCUUUGUUAAGGACAACUUCCUGGCUGAUAAAAGUGUUCCACCAGUCAAUCAGGGCCUGACCAUGGUGUCGUCUGAUAAGAGCUACAGCAACAUCGCAGCUCAGAGAGUGCGCGGAUCACGCGGCAGAAAUUACACUGUGCUUUACCUGCUCACGGAGUCGGGCUACCUGCACAAAGCUGUGAUCUUAGAGAACGGAGCUCACAUCAUUGAGGAGAUCCAAGUGUUUCAUCAACCUCAGCUGAUCAAAAACAUCCUGCUUUCAGUCUCUAAGGGUGCAGUGCUGAUAGGCUCUUCAGAAGGAGUGGUGUCAGUACCAGUGUCCAACUGUUCUUACUACUGGAGCUGUGCUGAGUGUAUUCUAGCAAGAGACCCCUUCUGCGGCUGGAACCCUGUGACGAAAGUCUGCACAGACAUAACUAGUCAGGACCAACUUGUCCAGGAUGUAGAUGAGGGGAAUGUAUCAGAGCAGUGUAAAAAUGUGGCCCCCAGGUCACGCUCUGGCCAGUCCCGAACCCAUUCAACUGUGUGUCCUCCAGGUGAAGUGGUGUCUGUGUCUCUAAACGAGGUAGUGCACCUGCAGUGCCCAAAAGCAUCACACCUCGCCAAACGCCACUGGGAACGUCUUAACAGCCAGCUCUCGCCCAAAAUCUACAUUCAGCCAGACAACGGCAGCCUCAGCUUUGUGGCGACCCCGUCCACCCUGGGACACUACCUGUGUCAGGCUGUGGAGAAUGGCUAUACCCAAACACUGGUCGUCUACCACGUUAAACAAAAGAGCAACCCCACCAUCCUACCAGCUUCCCCAAGCCGCCCACAGAGCACCACACCAGCCGAAACGGAAAAUAAAACCUCUAUUUCCACUCCUAGGUGGAUGAUAACCAAGCAGGAGGAGCCGAGACCUAAGCCAGAAGAUGUGGAUCCUACUACUGUCACACACAAAGAUUUGCUGGCGGUCACGAUUCGCAAAAGUAACUUCACUCACUGGUCUGGCACGAACAAGGAAAACUCACCAAUGAUUGAGCCUGGCGAAAACCUCCAGCAAGUGUACAAACCCACCUACUUCCAGGAGCUAGUGGUGGUGUCCGUUCUGUUAGCCCUGUGCAUCAGUGCCUUGCUAACCAUCGCGGUUAACAGGUUCAGGCAUCUUUGUCACAGCAAGACAGUCCCACAAACAACUACUCCUCGCAGGGACGCCGAAAAGGGAGGAAGUGCGACGCCCCAGGAGAGAGAGUCUCUCAGAGGGCAUUCACCAUGUUUGGAAAAGCGGAACGGACAAGCUCCUAAUGUACAGUCUGUGGGUCAGGCACAUAACGGCAAAUCUCCCAACAGUAUGCUGAACGGCUCUAAUGGUCACCUACCCAACACACCCAUCUGAGGGCGGACACUGUGAUGGUACCCUCUCACUGUAAACCUCUUUUCUGAGCCAAACUGGGCUUCUGCUGUAUCGAGCCCUUUCACUGAACCACUUGUGCAGGAUCACUUUGCAGGCCGAGAAGAAAAAAAAAAAAAAAAAAACUGGUAAAAAUGGCACAUUGGACCUUUUACAAAUCUUUUGAAGCUGUAAGACUCGAAGAUCUUUGACUCUAGGUACUAUUGUACAUUUUCAGUUUGUUAAUAUUUAAGCUGUAAUUUAUGUGACGAUUGUUUGUUUCAGUUUAAAGUGUAUCAGAUUUUAUGCCUCUCUUAAAUCACUUUCAGGCAAACAUAAGUGAAAUAUAUAGAUGGACGUUUUAAGAUUUUCAUUGAUCUCUUCAGCCUUUUUAAUUGAUAUUAGAAACAUUUAAUUCAGCUCAGUUUAAAAUCUUAAAUUACAAUUUUUAAUGGACCUUAAAAUUUAAAAUUACUAAAAUUUCCUAAGAGAGGCAGCUUAACUAAAUUGAUCAUCAAUUUCAGAUUUUCCCUUAACAUAAAUAAUUCCAGUACUCUGUCUACCUUGUUCGGAGUCGCUAUAUCGCACAUCUUAUUUAGUCUUUGCCUUUAUUCCUUAUUCUUGUCUAAUUACAAAUUUUAAAUGUCAAGACGAGGUAUGUUUUCUUUUUUCUUUCAUACCCAAAAAUGAAAAUUCUAUCAUUUAUGCUCCACAGAACAAAGAAAGUCAAAAAGGUUUGAAACAACAUGAGGGUCCGUAAAUGCUGACAGAAUUUUCAUUUUUGGGUGGACUUAUACCUUUAACUUUGCACCGAUGCAAAAAUGAAGCUUUCAAAGAUGCUUUUCAAGUGGUUUGUUUUUAAGUAUUUCGUGUAAUGUGUUAAAAAUUUGUGCUGAUCAGUCAUGUGUAAUUACGGGUUGAUGUAUCUCUAUCAUUAUAUUUCAAUAUAAAAAUAAUACUCAAAAGUGUUUUUCGGUACAUUGGACCUGUUAUAGAACUGUGUAGCCUGGUUACCUCGUUCAUUACUGACCACUUCACUAUACCCUGAUGGCAAAGCACAGUAACUGCGUCAAAUCUGGAAUCUACGUACAUUUUGAGCAAAGUUGAGCCAAACCAAAUCCUUCACAGAACAAAUGCAGUCGAAGAGACCUGAUUUUGGUCUUGUCUUAAUUGUUUAUUUAUUUAUUUUUUAAAUUGGUAGUUGCUGUGUUUUGCCUUUGCACAUCGGUAUAUUGGGCCUGAUUGCAGCUACUUCUAGAUGGGAGUGACCUAAACCAAUCUUUUGUUUGUUGUUUUCUUUCCCAGCCUGUGAUUUUGUCACUGAACGGUACGGAUUUGAAGUCUUUAUUCUGGGGAAAUCACUUAUAAAAUGUGAUAUUGCCAAAUCUGUAUUUUAUAAUCAGAGAAAGGAAAACAUGUUCUUUCUAGUGGUUCAAGGAACAAUUUAAUUUUCUGUUGUUCUUUAGCUGGAUAACUGUGUCCAAUCGAAGCCCAAUAUGUGAAGUCUGUCACAGGACUAGAUGCAUUUCCCUGCAUGCCACUGUUUUUGAAAGAUUCUGUAUAUUUUUUUAUAGCCUAUAAAGCAGGCUGUUUUGAAAAUAAAAGAUAUUGAGUUAAA